AUGAAAUUCCUGAUCAGCGCCCACGUGCCAAAAUUCCGGUCUGUGCUCGGCGAUGAGUCUUUUCAAGUUUCGUUCUGCCAAGACCAUUCCGGACUCGCGGCGCAAAUAAACGGUCUCGAUGCGAUAGACAUCUGGGUAUGCGAGGGGGGUGAAGUCACCGAGGAGCUACUGGAUCAGUGGCUGGGUCGGGAUCAGGACUCCCCAAAAGCUCUGCUGGUCAGCGACGCCAAGCACAUACCUGAGGUCGACAAGCUGCUCAAGAAUCGCGUGACUGGUAUUCACGCAGUACCCAAACAAGAAAAUCAAUCAGAUGCGUCCUGGGUGGUGUCGACGCUCCAGGCAGGAGAGAUGCUUUAUGCUCAGGGUUGGGCCCGCGGCGCACUCCACCACAACGAAAACGACCCCAAUGCCGACGAGACGGUCGUACUUAUUGGUGCGGGGAUUAUGAAUCUUGUCACGGCAGAGUUCCUCGCUACCCGUGGAUUUCGAGUGCGGAUUAUAGACGCCAACCCGGAUCCCCGGACCUGCAAGGACUGGUCUCGUUUGGGGGUUACCCACGGGGGCUUGAAUGCCCGCAUGUUCACGUACACCGAAGCGGAUAGCUACAACGAGAGAAGAAGCUCCAUCUAUCGUCAUAUGCGCCAUGUCUUCCGCAAGACCAGUCUCAACGGCGGCUGGAGUCUGAAAGCCCCGUCGAGUUUCACGGCGGCCGAGAUCGCCUGGGUCAAUUCCUUUGAGCAGACUCCGACUUGGUUGGCACAAUCGAUGAAAGAAGACAUCUACUUUAUCAACCGGGAAGCUGCAAAGCUCUGGGAGGAGUACAUGGACCGCACCCCGGAGCUCUUCAAUGGUGUCUCGCUCCACGCCGACAUUCUGCGCUUAUAUGCCGAAGACGUCGCUCUUCAUGCGGCUACUGAGGUAAACCGAGGCCUAGGGUCGCUCAUGGAUGAGAUCUCCCAAUCCGAGCUCGUGAGGGAUUACCCCGGGUUUGCUGCGGCUGUCAGGUCCAAACAACUUGCCGGUGCGAUUGCCGUGCAAGGGUUUACCCUCGGCAUCCACUUGUUCGUGGGGAAGCUGAUCGAUCGAAUCAUGGAGCUCGGUGGAGAGUUCACCUGGAACUGCUCGGUACAGAGAAUCCGCCGUAACGCUGCUGGGGAGAUAGCUUUGCUGGGUUCACAGGUGGGACCUCUCCAUGGGAAUCAUUUCGUGAUCAGCACAGGGGUGACGAGAAAUGGACUCUUAGAUGGCACGGCCUCGGAGGGAUUGGUGCAUGGUGUGUUAGGCGUGUGGCUGCAGCUCCCAAACCUGGACCCGAUGAUCCGGAAUUCCAUUAAAAUUCAUCGCCGCGGCUCGCUGGUCGAAGACAUCAAUGUGACCGUAUCGGGAAAUGCUCAGACGAAGGAAGAGGUGCUCCUUCUUGGGGGCGGAUACGGGUAUGUUGGAUUGGAUCACCCGUCCACAGAGACUCCAGAACUGCAGGCCCUUUUUGACGAGCUCGAGCGAGUGGCGCAUACGUACUUCCCGGCGGGAUAUCGCUUGGCAAAGGAGCGAGGGACCCUGUGGCCGGAGGGGGAACGGAAAUUCUGCAUUCGACCGUUCACUUGUACGGGGUUGGGUAUUUUCGAGGACAUCGUCACUGCAGGGGGUGGACAUCUCCUCAUCACGGGCGGGAACAACACCGGCGGCUUUGCCCAAGCGCCCGCCAUUGCACGUGCCGUGUGUCGCGCCAUUGCUGGGGAGCACGACCCCGUCCAUGUGCUCUUCAACCCCCAUCGGAGCAAGCUGGUCUCCCCCGUGCAAUACAGUAAUGCCAGUCUGCAGACAGCUAGAGGGAUCCAGGAUGUAUAG